AUGUCCGACCAAGACGUUAAUUCAAGCAAAUACUACAAAUUACGAAGUAUCUACAAAUACUACAUCGAUUCAUAUCUUGCAUUGUAUCAGCUAAAAACGGAAAACGAAGGAGAAUUAAACAAAAUUUACAAAAUUAUCAAAACAGAAUUGAUUGAUUCAAAGAAAUGUCCAUCUCAAAUAAUUAUGAACUAUAUUUUAUGUAUCAUUCCGUACAACAAUCGAUUUGCAAAGUCAUAUUUAUUUCUUGCCAAACUCAUUUACGAUGAAUAUCAUGUGGAAGAAGUCAACAAUCUCCCAUUUAUUCUAAACUUCCUGUUUUAUAAAGAAUAUGGAAUUAAAUUACAUAAAUCUGCUGAUUUUGAUAAAGAUCAUUCAGAAAAUUUCGAAAUUCAUGCGGAAAAUACAAUUUACACAGCAAUUAUGAAUAAUGACUUAGAAAGAUUCAUACAAUUCACUGAAAAAGAUGGAUUUGAUAAAAAUCAAAUUAUUGAAAGCGAAUUAUAUCCAUAUUCUAAUAACGGAUAUUCAUUGCUUGAAUUAUGUUGUUACCAUGGAGCGGUUGAUUGUUUCAAGUUAUUAAGAACAAAAUUCAGCUCAGAAAUAACUGAAACAUGUCUAAAAUUUUCAUUUUUAGGAGGAAAUUCUGACAUUAUGAGUGAAUGUUUGAAAUAUCACGAGCCAGAUAUGAAAUGCAUGGAAUAUGCAAUUAUCUCACACAACAUAGAUUUUAUUACAUUCUUGGUGAAUGAAUACAAUAUAGAGAUCAAUUUAGAAUAUUGUGGACUAUACAAUAAUCUUGAAUCCUUUUUAGUUUAUUUCGAUCAAACUAAUGAUAUUAACAAAUGCUUUGUUUAUUCACCGAUAUUUAAUAUUCCGUCCCUUUUGGAAUACUUCCUUUCACAUGGUGCUAAUAUCAAUGGAAAAGAUAAAUAUGGAGAUACCGCACUUCAUAUGGCAGCAUGGAAAAAUAGUAAAGAAACUGCUGAAUUUCUUAUUUCUCAUGGUGCUAAUAUCAAUGAAAAAAAUAAAAAUGGAGAAACCGCACUUCAUACUGCAACAUGGGAAAAUAAUAAAGAAACUACUGAAUUUCUUAUUUCUCAUGGUGCUAAUAUCAAUGAAAAAAAUAAAAAUGGAGAAACCGCACUUCAUACUGCAACAUGGGAAAAUAAUAAAGAAACUGCUGAAUUUCUUAUUUCUCAUGGUGCUAAUAUCAAUGAAAAAAAUAAAAAUGGAGAAACCGCACUUCAUACUGCAACAUGGGAAAAUAAUAAAGAAACUGCUGAAUUUCUUAUUUCUCAUGGUGCUAAUAUCAAUGAAAAAAAUAAAAAUGGAGAAACCGCACUUCAUACUGCAACAUGGGAAAAUAAUAAAGAAACUGCUGAAUUUCUUAUUUCUCAUGGUGCUAAUAUCAAUGAAAAAAUAAAAAUGGAGAAACCGCACUUCAUAAUGCAGCAUGAAAUAAUAGUAAAGAAACUGCUGAAUAUCUCAUUUCACAUGGUGCUAAUAUCAAUGAAAAAAAUAAAUUUGAACAAACUGCACUUCGUAUUGCAGAAAUAUAUUAUCAUGAAGAUAUGA